AUGCUUGCGAAUGGUGGAGCGAAGGCUCGUGGGGCGCUCAUGCGCGAUGUGUCAGCUUACUGCAUUGGCGUUAUAACCAUCACGGUGUUCAUGUGGACUGGAGAGAUGACUUACUUCCGCUCGGGAGUCCUGCUCAUCCUCUAUGGAGCAUUUGUAGUCAUCGUGCUGGGUGCCGACCUGUGGCACAUUUUCACCAAGGGUGCGGACGCCGAGAAGCUGCCAGAGGCGGAGCCUUUGAUGCAGGAGGAUCCAGCUCGUGGGAGGAGGCACACAGAGCCGACUAUCCCCCCUGCAGCAGACCUGUACUUGCAUGAUCAUGCUCAUAAUGUUCCGGACAGCACCAUUGAGUUGACAGAGAAGCAGCACAGCACCGGCAGCAUCGCUCACAGUGUGGAGGACCGGUCGGAGAGCGGCCUGAACCACCAAGCAGACGGCAGCCGCGAGCAUCACCAUGAACAGGCGCGGCACCACAGGGUGAAGCGCUGGCUGGACCAGGAGGACGUGCACCUGAUGAGCGGGCGCGGCUACCGGGCGCGCGCAUUGGCUGAGCUGGCCAACUCCUCCACCUUCAACUACCGCGGCCACAUCCACGAACUGCGCCGCGCCUCUGCCGAAGCCUCCCUGCUCAGCGACGAGGAGGCCGGCCCCGCAGGGCACACCCCUGCAGACGGGUACCAGCCGCCAGAGAUAGUGGACUCCGGAGCAACGAUCCCUGAGGGGCCGGAUGAGGAGGGGGAGGGGGAUGGGGAGGACUACAGUGGCGAUGCGGCAGAGAGGGGGGUGAGUCCCCUGCUGGCAGAGGGGGGACCGGGCCCCCACCGGCCUCGGAGAAGGACAGCUUCCAUGGAGCUGCUGGAGCCCGGCGGCGCCGCCAAGAGGCCCGGGUGGUUUGGGCGCUCCUUCGCGCGGUGCAGAAAACACUCUGGCAUCGUCUGUUCUGUGCUGGGGGUGCUUGAGGUGAUUGCCAGCACAGUGGAGUGGCCACUGCUCAUCAUCCGCCAUGCCACUGUCCCGAUCGUGGAGCAGGAGUUUUACAGCCGCCCCUGGUUUCUGACAUCCUUGGUGUUUGGGCCACCAGCUGCAAUGUACUAUCUGGAGCUCAGCUUCAUGGCCAUGGGCAUUGCUUUGGGGGUUGGCUGUGCGGCCUCAGCGCUGGCUGCCUGGGCAACCAGAUCUUCAAAGGCCACUCCACCGGCCUGGACUUUUGGCCUGGGCUUUCCGGUCGGUUCAGCGGUCAUUGCUGCACUGGGCUUUGUCUUGGCGGCCAUGUGGAUUGACACAAUUGCCACGGAGCUGGUCAGCAUGCUGGAGUACCUGGGGCUGCUGUCUGGCAUCAGCCACACUGUUUUGGGCCUGACGGUGCUUGCCUGGGGCAACUCGGUGGGCGAUAUGUCCACUAACAUGGCCAUGGCGCGCAAGGGCCUGGCAAAUAUGGCCAUGACUGCAUGCUAUGCUGGUCCAGUCUUCAACCUGUUGGUGGCGAUUGCGCUGGGCUUCAUCCGGCUGCUAGCCUCCAAGGGCCUGACCAGCGUCCAAGUGGUGGUGACAGAGAAUGUAUUUGCCAGCUGUGUGUGUGUCAUUGCCAUGUGUGUCGGCGUCAUUGGAGUGGGCCUGACAAACAACAACCGCCUACCCCCCAACUUUGGUCUGGUGCUCAUCGGGAUGUAUCUGGCAUACCUUGUUGUGACCAUCUGCCUGCUGCUUACGUGA